CCACCCAAAAGUGAGUGAAAAGCUAAAAACCCUGAUGGUGGAGUGGUCAGAAGAGUUCCAGAAGGACCCACAGUGCAGUUUGAUAUCUGCAACCAUCAGGUCCCUGAAGGAGGAGGGGGUCACCUUCCCUGCCCCAGGGUCCCAGGCUUCCACCAGUGCUGCUAAGAAUGGCUCCUCAGCCAGUAAAUCCAAAGAAGAUGAGGAUAUAGCUAAAGCCAUUGAAUUGUCCUUGCAAGAGCAGAAGCAGCAGCAGCUGGAGACCAAAUCCCUGUACCCCCCUGCAGAGACGGCCCCAAACCCCCCGAGCCUGCGGAAGGUGCGAGCUCUGUAUGACUUUGAAGCUGUCGAGGACAAUGAGCUCACCUUUAAAAGUGGAGAAAUUAUUUUUGUUUUGGAUGACAGCGAUGCCAACUGGUGGAAGGGGGAGAACCACAGGGGAGUGGGGCUGUUCCCUUCCAAUUUCGUCACCUCUGACUUGUCUGUGGAGCCUGAGGCAGCAGCUGUGGAUAAAAUCUCUGUUCCUGAGGACCCUGCAGAAGAAAUUAAGAAAGCAGAACCUGAGCCAGUUUAUAUCGAUGAGGAUAAGAUGGAUAAAACACUGCAGGUGCUUCAGAGCAUAGAUCCCACGGAUUUAAAGCUUGAUUCUCCAGAUCUUCUCAACUCAGAAGAUAUCUGCCAACAGAUGGGUCCAAUGAUAGAUGAAAAACUAGAGGAGAUAGAUAGUCGUAUCCUGUGCAGCCUGGCAGUGGCACCUACAUGGUCCAGGGGGUGUCCGUGUCCCCAGGGUACAGCCUGGCCCCCGAGCAGGUGGCCCAGGUCAGGCCCCUGCCCCAGAGCCUCAACUCUGCAGCCCCUCAGCCACCUCCAGCUGCUUAUUUAAGCCUCCCUGCUCCAGCAGCAGCAGCCCGGUUUCCAUCAGCAGCCCCUGCUGUGAACAGCUGGCACCGAGGAGCUCCGAGCUCGGCGGCCUUUGGGAGUCCCUGCCGUGGAUAUCCAAGUCCAUCUUCCUCUCCAACAGCCCAGCUCGCUGCGUUAGGCUGGUGCAGAGUAAAAAUAGGCACCAGCUCUGAUGGUUAUUUGCAUUUUUGCAUCCUGAACUAGAUUAGGGGAUGGUUUAAAAUAAUUCCCCGUUCCUCCGAGUCCCUUUUUUUUUUUUUUCUCUCUUUCCCUGCGCUUUCAGGAAACGUCACUUGUGAAUCUUUGAAAGAUUGGCCCAAAAUAAUUCUCUUUGCAAUGUGUUUCUGGAAGCUUGAGGAUGCUGAGAUGCUGUUGCUUUGCCUCCUCUGGUGUCUUCUGUAAUCCUUGUGUCCCAGUGGCUUUAGGGACCCUCUGCACUCCGGAGUCCCCUUCCUGAAGGACACGCACAAUCCGAGGGGCCCUGGCUCCAGCUGCAGGAGGAAACUCUGCCCUCAGAACCACAUCCCUGUGGAAACAGGAGAGAAGGAGGGGUUUAACAGUGGUUUGGAAAUCACAGAGGAUUGCUGUGUUUUUGCUUGAGGAACAGAAGUUUUCCUCCAAGUGCCCGGUGUGUUGGCAGAGGUGGCACUGCCAGCACGAGGCUCCUUGGCAAGGGCAGGCCGGGGAUGCUCCAGGAACUCACAGCAUCUCUCUUCAGUUUUCCUUUCUGGCUGGGUGUAGGAGUGAAGGAGCAUUGGCAUUGCUGGUGGGAAAGGAGGGGCUGGAGAGGGUUUGAGGCUGCUGAGGCCUCUGAGGGUCUGCUCCCUUUGCAGGGGGAACAGGAGCCCUCCUGAUGGCACCAGGGGCUUCUGCCUCCCUGGAUUUGCUCUCUGUGCCCUGUGGGCGUGUGUGAGGCAGCCCUGAGCCCAGAGCAGCUCUGGGGAAGGGGGUUUGAGGCCAUCCAUGUGCUGGGGUGCCAUUGGGCCUUUCCCUGCAGGAGGCAUUGCCUCGGAGCCAGGCAGAAAAGGAAUCCAAGAAUUCCUUCCCUGAUGCACUUUUUGAAGGGUGGGGUUGGUCCAAGGGAGCACACGAGCUGGAUUAUCCUUUGGGAAUGUGGGAAUUCCUUCUUUUUCUUGUUUCAGCUGCAGAACAACAAAAUCACUUCAUCCUCCUGUUUAGCUCCUCACUGGAGCAUGGGCACAUUUAUCCUGCUUUUAACCACCUCUGCUGAGGGAUAAUCCGUGGUUUGGGGAAAUAAUGGAAGCAAAUGACUGAUAAAAAGAUCCCCAUUAAAUGCAGGAAGCUCCCAGAUGUCUCAAUAAACAUUUUUGAUGUCUAAACUUCAUCCCAGACUGGAACUCCCAGGCUGCUGAGUGACCAAACCCAACCCACCCUUCACUCAGCACCUCCUUUUAUUUAAUUAUUUGCUAUCUUACAUUUGCAGCCUCGUGCUCAUGCAAAAAGUGCUCUUCGAAUCACUUUUUAUUGAAAUGUGUGCAAUUGGAAGGAGGAUUUUGUCUUUCCUUUGGACAUUAAUUUGUCUUGAUCCUUGCCCUGGAAGUAGCUCAGUACAAAUAACACACGUGGCAAUACUGAAGUGUUCUGGUAACUUGUUCCUUGUGUCUUCUGAGGAAAUGAAUGGAUUUCAAUGCUGCUGUUCCAAAUUCUUAUUGUUUGGAGCUUUUAUUUGUCAGAGUUUACUUUGUUCCAAGUUGGUUUGGGGUAGAACUAAACCUUGCUCACGUUGCUAUCAAUGUUUGUUAGGAAAUUUAAAUUCGUGGUUUUUUUGGAUUCUGAGCUUUGGGCCAAGAGAAAUCUUCAAUUGAGCCAGCCAGAUGUGAUUUGAUGAUGUUAAUUGUUAAGUAUAAAUAAUGUAUAUACUCAUUUGUCUGAGAUUUUCUACACAGCUCCACACAUGCCUGAACUUUUAUAAAAGCAGGAUUUGUCCUUCUGUCACCUCUUCUACUCCUAACUCUGUGAUAUGCAACUUGUAGAUAGUGUAAAAUAAUUUAAUUAUUAUUAAACCAGUGUAUUUAGAGGGGGUUGGUGUUUCUCUUCAUACUUCUAGACAUGAUCAUAUUUAUUUUUAAGGCCUGAUUGUAACUGAACAUGCUGCCAAAGGAUUUCUCUAACUCCAGAUUUCUACCUUAGGUUUCUACCUGCUGUUUUCUAUCAGGAAUUCAGGGUGGAGAACUCCUGCUUUUUCAUACAAACCCUUAACAUAGGAACCUUUCUAAGGAGACUUUCCACGUGGUGUAUUUGUUUCAUGGGUGUUAAGUGUCACUGUGAGAUCCAUUUCCUUUGGUGUCAGCUGGGGACCUGUUGUGUCUGUUCAGUUUGUCACCCCAGAGUGCUCUGAGGGCUUGUGCUCUGUCACCUGAUGUCAGCCACGCUUUGUCUCUCCAAUUGGCUCCAGAAAUAAUGGUAAAAAUCAGAUUAUUGAAACCUUC